CCUCCACCUCCACUGAACUUCGGAUCUUUAUUUCGCCAAAUGUAAAUACAGAAUCUAUCCCGUCAACAUGUCAAGGAAAGAGUGAAUUGGCCGACCUAAGGACACGAGCAAAGGACGAAGGAAGAGAUUAAUAUCCCCGCCUGCGAAGUGCCCACCAGUGCCAGGGGCAGAAGGAGCAGGACAGGAGGAGAGGAGUGCGUCUGCGCCCGAGACCAGAAGAGCAGAAGAGCCCCGAGAGGAAGGCGUGAGUGAGGCGCAGCCAGCCAGCUCCUUCUCGCCCGUGUCUCGCUCUCCCUUCUCCUGACAUCUCGGGCCUUGUCUGGGCUUGACAGUCACAAAACAAAGAUGCUUCGCUCGUUGUACGCUUACAAGGGAACUCAUGCCCGCACACUUGGGUUCCAAGUGGGUGACAAGUUCAUGGAGAUUGGACCUUCGAGAGAUCCCAACUGGCUGCACGUGAUCAACGAACGAGGAUCUGUGGGAUAUGUACCCAAGAAUUACAUAUCUGCAGAUGAGAGUUAUGUACGAGGGCAACCUUGCCAGCAAGAAGACCCUACACAGGAAUCAGAGGCUCCGCCCAUUGACAUACUCGAGUUCAUUGAUGGUUGCAUUGAAGCCAUACAUUUGAAUGCGAGUGAACGAGGAGGCAACUACACUCGUGGCGAGCACGAUGCCCUCCAUAAGCUUGUAGAAUUGAGGCAGGAUUGGUACACCAAAUGUCCUCCUUCCUCCCAUCCCACCAAGCGUCCUGCUCCUCCUCCGCCACAACGUACAACAUCUCAGCUCAGUGUGGAUAGUGUUGGCAGCCUACCAUCCCCGUGUCUCCCUGGAACUCCACGCAGCCCUUCAAUAUCAGCAAGUGGGUCGUCAAUUAGCUUAGGGCCCCCACCUAAGGAAGCAACGCCGACAGAAACUUCUGCCGAAACCACGACCAGCUUCAUGGCUCGAGGAGAAUCUCUCGUUCGAGAUGAGAGCAGCGGAAGCAGCGAAGGUCAUGAUACAAGUAUAGGUUAUGAAUCUGAAAUGAGAAGUGAUGUAGAUUCAGUGGUCCAGACAAGCAUCAAGUCGCUUGUGUCUCAAGUGCCAAAGGAAUAUCUUCGCACAUUGGUGGAAGAGGUGCGCAGCAGCACUAGUAUAAGCUACACUACUAGUCAUCAGGACAAGACGUCUAAGACUCCCACAAGAACAACUCAGCACCGUACGACUCUCAGUUAUCUGUCUACUCAAAGGGUAGUCGAAGUGGUGCUGAAUUCGUUAGCUACAGCCUUACCUGUUCUCCAACCACUGUGCUUACACAUCCUAUCAAGCAAAGGAGAUCAAGUGGAUGGAGGCGCUGACAAAUGGCAACAGAGUUCAGAUGGCCGACGCCUGGUGGAACUUCUGGAGAAGCUGCGAGAGUGCAAGGAUGAUGAACAACAGCGUUCUUGGGCAUUGCACGAAGAUGAGCACACCAUCACUACUCAUCUGUCCGAUCUCCUGGAUUUGUUGAACACUGGAGACCUGAUGGUGUGUCGGAGUGUUUUGUCCCUGGACGAUUUUAGACCUUUGUUGACCCUGGUGCAGUACUACCAGAUGGAAACAAGGUGGCCUCUUCGGAAACUCCUGCUGCAGGUCUUUGGUGCUGUAUGUCAGAUGUCGGCAGCAAAUAUUUCUUAUCUCUCUGCUUCGGUGUUCCCAGUUGAACUUACAAGAGAACUACUUGACAGCACAUACAACCAAGAGCGGCUGAGGUAUACCUCCUUGGUGCUCGGGAUGGUGCUGUGUAUGGGGGAUACUCUACCAUACCCUCAUUUCUGUGUGAUGAACGAAAACUUCAUGAAUGUACUACUUGACGGAAUAGAGCAGUACCACGAGGACCCUGACACAGAACAGUUGGCGGAGUUGUACCUGGCCAUAGUCUUAGCCUUCAAUCUCCAGUAUACGACACUCCCGCCAUCAGCAGCUAAUCCGCCAAAAUCUUGCGAGGCCACGGAAGAGGGGGAAGGUGAGGUUAAGAGUCAGUCCAAUGGAGACCUUGAGGAAAAUAAGGAUUCCUCGAAGACUGCGAUGGGAGCUGAUUCCGAGAACAUAAUCAUCAAGUUGUUAUCGAAGAGGGAAAAUACAAAGUACUUCACAGAGAAGCUUCUGCUCUUGUUCAAUAGAGAAGAGGAUCCAUUAGCCAUGUUCGACCAUGAGCCCCGGCCGCCUCACUCAGUACUCAAGAUGAUGAGAGAUAUGUAUUCCACAAGGGCGACUGCUUCAAUCUUCUACACAAAUGAUGAAUGCGUACUGUGUGAUAUUAUCAUAAGACAAUUGUCGGACCUUCCUGCGGAUGACAAGCGUCGGAAUGAAUACUUACACCUAAUGGAGGGAGUCAUAGUAGCUGGGAGGUGGACAGAACACCAACAUAGACGCAAAGAAUUGUGCUCCAGCUGUGCCAAUAUACUUGCCGAGGAGGAACCAGCGGCAGAAGAUGAUCAGAAAAUCAUCAGGUCCCUCAUGGAAAGUCAGCCAUACUUUUUUCAUGUUUGAGUGAUGUAAGUACUUCAAGCAUCUUGUUAGGAAGUGUUUCAUAAAUGAAUACAGAUUUGGUUAUCAAGUUCUGUAAAUUUUCCCUCCCUUUUCUAUUUCUCUUCUUUUUUCUUCUUCUUUUUAAAAGAAAAGCAAGUGGUUUCUUUGACCACUAAGAAAGUAUUUUGAUUGUGAUGUCCAGCGAAAUAGUACGCCAAGCUUUAUAUUUUUUAGUCAACAUAAAGAAAAAUCUUCCAUGAGAAAUUAUGUGCCAACUGUAGGAUCCUGUACACUAUACACUAUUCAAUGUAUUCUAGGGCUUGAAUGGGCAUUAGUAUGAAGUGUGAUAGCCCUGUGACAUGUGUGCAGCUUUCAGUGGGAGAUCUUGGGAAGAGUGAGAGUCACAUAGAGGAAGAACAUGAUAGAUACCACUCGAAAAAAGGACACCAGAGCCCAUUUUUGUAGUUAUUAUUUUUGUUAUUAUUAUUAUCGUUAUUAUCAUUAUUGUUAUUAUUAGUUGCCAUUACUACUGGUGGCAUAAUUGUUGAUAAUAUUAUUAUUAUUAUUAUUAUUAUUAUUAUUAUUAUUAUUACCAUUUGUAAAGUUGUACAUAUCAAAAAAGAAUUUUUGUAUUACCUAAGAUUUUGAGAAAGAAGCAUUGUCACCUGCCAAACUAUGGGCUUACAGGGCUUUUUUCAAAUGCAUAAGUUCACCUUUGAACAGAUAGCAUACAUGAUGGUGUUUCCUGUUGUGGCAUAAGUUAAGAGAAUGGUAAAUAUGAACUUGGUUUAUCAUAAAUUGUAUCUUAUAAAUAGUACACAGUUCAUAGAAAUCAUUUUCCCGAGUAGUAAUAAUGUAUUGUUUGAUUUCAAUAAUUUGAGGCUUGAUUAUUAUUCUGAUUUGUUUGAGUAUUCUCCAUUGUCAUUCCUUCAUAAGGGCAUUAUGUAAGUUUACUGUAUACCAUUUGCUGAGUGGACAGCUGUGUUGGAAAUACUCAAAUCAUAAGUUAAGGUUUCUACAGAGGAAGUUUGAGAAGGAAAUUGGUAACUGCAAGUUCUGUGCCAGGGAAAUACGCCUAUAAAAGUUCUAAUACACAUUAUAUGUAUAUUAGUGAUUGAGCAGGGGUAAAUAGAUGAUUAUUAGAGAAUUUGGCUUUGACAUUUGGACUUUGAUAUUUAAGAUAAAACAAAUGAUUGGUGAUAUAAGGCUAAAUUAUCAGGAAUGGAAGGCAGUGCUGUUUACCCCAAGUCCUAGUGGACAACAGAAUGUCAUUUAUGUGUCUUUAGUAUGGCAGUGUAGCUAUUGUUAUUUUCCCUGUUAGUACAUUGUAUUGAUAUAUGGAAUUUUUUAUAGCAUGUGACAUACAGUAAACUUUCUAGCAUAGUAUAUUUUUUUGCUUGCAUUAGUGGAAGAUGAUAAGUUGUUAUGUGAACUGUGUAUUUAAUUGACUCAAAUUGAUUCCUGAAUUUUGAUUAUUCAGAAAAUGACUAUCAUUUACAACUGAAGCUUUAACUUGAUUUUGCAAAACGAGACAAUAUAUUUAGAAGUAAGAAGACUCAUGUGGAUCAGUGCCUUUUAUUAUCAACAUUUGUCAGCAGCUGAUAAAAAGUCAAAGGCUGUUUAGAUGAACUCCAAAACUAUUUUUAAAAAGUCUAAAGGCAAGAGUUGCUUGCUGGUGUCCUGCUCAGAUGCAGUGUUCAAAACGUCUUCAAAAGCUUUUGCUGACAAUCAAUUUGGUGGAUAAAUGUUGGAUAUCUCUUUCAUUUUCCCUUCAUAGGAAGAUAUAAAUAUGUAAUAUAGCUUUAGCAACUAUAGCUUUCUCCUUAGCAUGAAGGUAUAUGUUGAAUUGUAACUAAGUUGCCAUUUUUUUAGGAAUAAAACAUGUUGUUACCAUAUUUUUACAGGAAAGAUUAGGAUAAAUGUGGCUUAGUUGAGGUCUUCAGAGUAUUGUUAUUACCAGAGAGCUUUUUAUUUAUUUUUGUUGUUUUUCAUUUCUCACUAUCAUUUCUGUUGGAGGUUGACUAUGCUCAGUGAUUAAAAUUACAUAUGCAGUAAUUAAUAAGAAAAUCAUAUUAACUAGUGAUUGUGGAAAUAAGUGAUUUCUUUCAGUCUGACAAAAGACAAGGCUGGUUGUGCAUGCACAAACUCUGCAUUUUUGAGGAUAAUAAUGUGGUAAUUAACAGCAUUUUACAAAGACAUUUUUACAGACAUUUUGUAAUUUACAUUUUACCUAGUUCAUUAUGAGAGGCUUUUUUUGUCCAUAAAAUUUUAAGAAAAGAAUGAAACAUACAAAGAAAGAAAAAAAGGUAUGAAAAAGUGUUGGAUGUGUUAGAGACUGAAUUGCAGUCUAAACUUGUCUUUAAUAAAGAUAGAAAGACACUAACAGCUGUACUUUGAUAAUAAGCCAAAAAGGAGGUAAAGAUAAGAAAUGGACAAUAUUCACAAGAGCGGCAUUAUUAUAACGUGAAGGAGGCUGCUUUGGGGUCUCGUGAUUUGUGAGUGUUAUUAUUACUUUUGAUUUUUCGUUGUUAUUAAUAUUGUUAUUACUAAUUUUAAGGUUCUGAGUUCUGUUCAUUUCGUACUUUUUUUCUUUUUUUUUAUGAAAGUUACAUAUUUUACCGUAGUCCUUUAGAUAAAAAUGCUUUACAUUUAAUUUAGGAACUAGUGCAUGGUUAAAAAAAGACAACUCUAAGCUAGGUCUGCGUUCUGAGUUCCGCAAUAAAGCAUAUUUCAGGAAUUUAGCAGUUUUGAAAUUUUGGCGAGCAGAGAAUCUCCAGACAAUUUUUCUGAAGUAGUAUUUUCAAGCAUAUUUAUAUUUAUUCACCAAUCUUAGGGAACAAAAAUUGUUAUUAGUCAGAUGUUAAUACACUCUUUGUUGCUUUAACCCUUGUACAUAUAUCAUGCAUGGAAAGAUUGUUGGUUUGAUAUGAUUAAACUUUGAUUAUAUUGUCUAUAUUAUAAAGUAUAUUUUAAGGUAUUAAUGAUACUUAUCUCACAGUUCAUAGUUUGAGAAACCAUCUUUGAUAGUAACAGUAGUUGCACAUAUUAUUAAUAUUAUAUUUGGUGAUGAUUAUUUUUCCCAGUUUUCUUGAUAUGUUUUCUUUGCGUAUAUAUACAGUAUAUGCAUGCUUGCAAAAGUGCAUGAGUGUGAAUGUAAGGAAAUUUGGUUCUGCAUGGAUGAAA